CUCCCUCUCGCUCCGUUUUCCUGCCGGGCUGCUGCUGCUUUGCGCGCUGCGGGGCCACACUGCGACCGCACCGAGGAGGAAGAGGAGAAAGGCGCGGAGUGAAAGAGGGGAGAGAUCCACUGAGGAAGAGGCAGACCGAGCUGAGGAGGAGGGCUGAUUCACGCACCGUCACCGCACGGAUAAAAACCCCUCCGAAGCAGCAGCAGCAGAAGGCGGAGACGCGUCACACCGCGCUCUUCCUCCCUCCAUCUCUGCUCCGUGAAGAAGAGGAGGACGCCCGGAGGGACCCGCUGGGAUCCGGUGUUGGACAGUCCCCCUCCCGCACGGACCAGGGCCGAUUCCCCGCACUCUAGCAGCCAGCUCGGCGCCAUGAAGGACCGCACGGCGGAACUGCGAAGCGCUAAGGACAGCGAUGAUGAUGAAGAGGUGGUGCAGGUGGACAGGGACCACUUCAUGGACGAGUUCUUUGAACAGGUGGAGGAGAUCCGCGGCUGCAUAGAGAAGCUGUCUGAGGACGUGGAGCAGGUGAAGAAGCAGCACAGCGCCAUCCUGGCCGCGCCCAACCCUGACGAAAAGACCAAGCAGGAGCUGGAGGACCUCACAGCUGACAUCAAGAAGACAGCCAAUAAAGUUCGCUCAAAAUUAAAAGCAAUUGAGCAGAGCAUCGAGCAGGAGGAAGGUCUCAACAGAUCAUCAGCGGACCUCCGGAUCCGUAAGACACAGCACUCGACGCUGUCGCGUAAAUUCGUGGAGGUGAUGACCGAGUACAACACCACGCAGUCCAAGUACCGCGACCGCUGCAAGGACCGCAUCCAGAGGCAGCUGGAGAUCACUGGAAGAACCACCACCAACGAAGAGCUGGAGGACAUGUUGGAGAGUGGCAAACUGGCCAUCUUCACCGAUGAUAUCAAAAUGGACUCUCAGAUGACCAAACAGGCCCUGAACGAGAUCGAGACCCGACACACCGAGAUCAUCAAGCUGGAAAACAGCAUCCGUGAGCUCCACGACAUGUUUGUCGACAUGGCCAUGCUGGUCGAGAGCCAGGGAGAAAUGAUUGACAGAAUUGAGUACAACGUAGAACACUCUGUCGACUACGUGGAGCGAGCCGUCUCCGACACCAAGAAGGCCGUAAAAUACCAGAGCCAGGCUCGCAAGAAGAAGAUCAUGAUCAUCAUCUGCUGCGUCAUCCUGGGCGUGGUCCUGGCGUCGACCAUCGGCGGCACGCUGGGCUUCUAAGACGAUCCUCCACCUGCUGCCAUGAUGACUGAUGCCGACCGACUGACCGACAGCCAGCAGAGAAAAGAAACAGCAACGACAACACAAAAAACUUGAAACACAAAUGCAAGACCGACAACCAAUCAGCUAGGAAGAGAUAAUCCAAUCACAAAUAAGAGGAAACACCACGGGUUUGGGCGGGGUACAAAAAGCUAAGAAGAAAACACAGUAACACCACAUUAUAGGUGACUUAUCCACACAACAAGAGAGGGAAAAAUAAACCUAUUUAUGUAAAUGUAUUGAACAUAUGAAGCAACACGUGGGUUAGCUACCUGUAAAAAAUGAUAACCUCUAAUAUAACUUUUACUUUGUUGUUUGUUUGGCUGUUUUCCUAUGUUUUGAAGUUCCUUGUUUGUUUUUUUGGGAGUCUCCGAGGACAGUGACGGCUGCUGGGUGGGAGUCCUGCGGGACAAAUCUGUCAUUCGGGUUCCUCACGUUCAUUUCAGAAAACAAACAGCUAAUGCAUAGAUGUAGAAAACCCGAAGGUUGCAGAAGUUGGGGAACGACGAUAAUGUUGUGCCUCGCCGUCAGCUAGUCCGCCUCUCAUUGGCUGCUUUGCCCCGUCAUUCGCCUCGGCCAGCCUGGUACCAGAGACCGAUUGGACCCUUAGCAGAUGUUUUCACAGCCGGCUGCGGUUGGGAAAACACCGCGUUGACAAGGGGGAGGUCAGACUCCCCUGACUGUUGCAUCAAUCCAACCAAAGAGUUGGGGAGGGAGGGCCUCUGACCGUCCUGGUUAUUCUGAUUGGCCAGUGUAGGCGACAAAGUGAUACCUGAGGGCUGGGUGGAGAUGGACAGUUAAUCUAUGCAGUUUAGAUACAAGAAAGACGACUUGUCCCACCUACCAACACAGAGAUAGCCAAUGAGAAUCUGUUAAAAGCCAGGGCCGUCAUCCUCAAGCUGCUCUUCUCGAGGAGUCAACAAAAAAUAACGGAAACGCAUCAAAACCAACAAGCAGGCGAAACCAGUUACCCGGGUGUGGCAAUGGUCCUGUGGCCGUUUUGUGUUUCGAUGGCGAGCGUUUGUUGCUUUUGUCGUGCUGCUGUUCCGGUGUGUGCGUGACAUAUCCUGUGCUGUAUCUGCUUAACAUUGUGUUAACGUUGAGUUUGUGCGAUCCGACGUGUCUCCGGUGUGUUUGUGUUGGAAAAGCUGUGAUGUUUCGGUUGCCACACAUGAAGGCAUUCCUGUAGAUAAUGUGAAAGGAGCAUCACUCCUCUCUGCAUGCCGAGACAGGAUGCUCCAACCGCCCGGACUAGGAGUACGGCAGCUUCUACGGCCAUUUCACAUUCUCUAUGGGUGCAUUUCCCUGGAAGGUGGAUCAACGUGACACACAUUCAUUCACAACAUGAACAUGUCAUUUAUGUUUUAACUUCUGACAUAGACAGACCCCAUGAAUGUUGUGUUACUGCCAGUGUUAGAGUUAGUCUGAGCUGCUUUGCAUGGUGUAGAAUUAGCUUGUGUUUGUGUAGGUUGUGUAGAAGCUUAUUGAAGAUUUAUCUUCUGUUUUCUAGAAACUUUUUCUAAAAUCUGUGAAAGGCAUUUGUGGUGUCCGGCCCAGUAUGGCAGAAAAGAUUUCAGAAAUACAACAAAGGGUUUGUGGCUCGUAGCAACAUAGCAAGAAAAUUACUUUUUAAAUUAUUGAAAACUAUUUCUAGCUAAGCUAAUCCUUGAAAUUUUAUAAGCCAAUUCUAGCUGUACCAAAAGUAGCCAGUCUGGAAGCUAAUUAUUGUUAAUUAUAAGCUAAUUCUAAUUUUAGAGGAAGUAAAGAUAUUUAAUUAUACGGAAUAAAAAGUAUUUAUUUGAUCGUUAGCCUUCAACUGUGAACCACAUUAUGCUAAUUUGGAAGCUAAUCCUUGUUAAACUUGAGGAUCAUUUUAGCUAAUCAUAGACUUUAGCUAAAAAAAAAGAGAUAAUUCUUCCAAAUCAUUGGCUAAGUCUAACUUAAAGGAAAGAUAUUGGUAAAAACAUUUGAUUUUACCACACAAAAAGUAUUUAUGUGUCGUAUUUUGUACUUUAUUAGUCUGUAAUUGUGAGCCAAAUUAAUUUGGAAGUGAAUCCUUGUUAACCUGGAGGAUAAUUCUAGUUAAGAAAUUUUAGCUAAUAAUUAAAUAAUACCUGCAGUAAAAAUGUGAGUUUAAACAGGAUUUUAUGCUGUGUUUGCAGUAGCAACCUACCCAUUGCCCAAAGAAUGCAAACUAACUAUGAGGAACCACUAGCCAAUUUCAGCUAGCUAUUAGAGUUAGCAGUGUUGGACUCACUGGGACAAAUUCCCAGGUUUUACAAUACUAAGAACAUAAAUGCUGUAGGAACGUUUCACUGUGUUUGAAACCUGGGGUUUAUUGAAAAGGUAGCAGUACUGGACGAAAAGCUGAAAAUGGCCGGACAAAUUGUUGUUUCACAAAGUGAUGCAGUCUCAUGGCAGCUCGUGGAAAUCUUUACCUGCAUAUGUUUUAAAAAUGUCACAUUUGACAAAUUUGCUCAGAUUAUCCGAACUCUGAGGGAUUCUUCCAUUAAUAAAGCUUCUACUGAGUCGCUAGGAAUCUGUUCAGACUGAGCUUUUUAUAAUACCCAGUCUGAAACGUUGCUGUUCUGUUCGGAAAUGUUUGGUGAGGUGUUCAUGAUUUGCCAGGACGCUGGUUGGGUUUGAGGUUUCUGGAGGAAUGCGCUCAGGCUCCGUGAUACGGAGGUUAUCGUACUUCUGUUGAGGCCUACGCUGGAGGAAAAACCACCUUCAGAUCCCUCCGCACUCUCUGCCAGAGCAAUAAGCUUCAGUACACAGAGUCCAGGGCGUAGUCGUUGUUUAGUGGAAAACGUGUUUUUUCUUGAGAUGUAGAAGUUAGCAUUGUUAGCUUUAGAUGUCUGUGAUGCGCUUGAUGUUCUAGUUUCAGGUUUGGAGAAGAUUGGGGUCUAUUUAAUUUAUUCUUUGGCUUCAAUAAACCAAAACUGCUGUGUUCACCAAAGUGUCACCCUCUUCUCCCAGCAGCAAAAUCCAACAAAUCUCUCAAACGGACCAUCUGUAGAUUCAGGAUGAUUGGACCCUUUCUCAGCUGUUGUCGUUGGUUUUUAGUGGUUUCCAACAGGUAAAUAAAAGUAAACCGAAGUGGAUUUAAUGACUUAGCGAGUCAAAAUCUCAUUGUAACUUCAUGCAUCAGAUUUUUUUAAAAGUUAGCUGCGCUUUCCUUCCCUCAGCGCCAUGGUCUAUUGGACAGUUGAUGGUUGUCCUGGUGGUGGUUGAGGUGGAUGAACAUCAGCGGUGUAAGGAUGCCGUCAAAGCACCAGCCAGUUUGUUGACAAUGAUGUUGUGUUUUGUGUCUAUAUUUUCUGUAAAGUUCCUGUUUCAUCCAUCAGGCCCCUGAAAACACAUCGAACCACAACGACGUCACCAAAAUGAUUCAGAGGGUUGGUUUGCCCGAGUGUCCGGCCCUCCCGGUCCUCUUGUCUUGUGUUGUAGUCGUUUGGUUGUAUAAAAAGAUGGCGACGCGUAUUGGGAGUCUGACCUUCCCCUCCAUCCUGCUGUGUGUAAUAAUUAUAACGUUAAUAAUAAAAAAGGCAUGCAAAGCGUUGUGGAGUUUGCACGAAGGUGUUUUUGUACCCCACCCCGCCCUCCUUACCGUGCACUUUACCACUCAUCGGGCCUGUUUGAUUAGCACAUUAGCUACUAGCCACAACUUAUUACCUGUUACUAAUUGAUCUGCGUUUCAGUAUUUCUGUUAGACGCGUUUUGUUGGAACAUAAUUGAGUGUUUUAUUUAAAUGUGAAAGGCUAAACUCCCGUCAGCUUCGGUCAUUCAGGUCCAUCUGGACUUCUCGCUGGAUUUCACCCCGCCUUUAUCUGCUGGGCUUGUUUACUCCACCCUUUGUUUGCUGAGAAAUCGCCUGUAGGCUGCUCUCCGGUUGCUCCUCCACCCAUCGUUGUGCGUGUGCAGCAUGUUUCCCUGCGUCUUCGGUGAAGACGGCGCGUUUGUGAGCGUGUGUUGGCAGCACGGGUUCGUUUCAACGUGCAAAGACUGCAAUCCGCCGGGUUGCAGCUGUUUUCACAAGUUGUUAAAAAAUUGCGACUAAGAGGAUCAGAGCCCUAAAUGUACGCGAUGUUCACUGUUUGUUUGAUUCAAACCAAAGCCUUCUCCCUCCCACUCGUGUUCUCAAAAUGUCCGCCGCUAGAAUCGAAGAGCACAAAGCAAGUGAAGUUUACACCGAGACGUUACUCAAACGGAUACAGCAAUUUAAAAAAAGCUAAACUAAAAGUGAAAAGCCUGCCCUGAUCCCCCCACACACCACCAGCCCUCACUGCAUGAUGGUCUUUCCCUGCACAAGUUGAUCCGACCAAUCUGAACAAUGUCUGCCUCCAGUUCCUCUUCUCCUGUAGAUGCUAGUUUGUGGUCUGAUUAGUGGAAAAUAUGGCACAUAAUCAUAACCGGAGACAACGGUGGUGCUUCUUCUAUUCAAUAACUGCUCUUGUUCUUGUUGUUUUGGUGUCAUUUUGUUUUCCUGUACAGCUAAUCAGUCGUCUUCACUCCUCCGGAUCAACGCGCUGCUGCGGCAGGAGCAAAAAAAAAAGGUUAAAAUUAUAAAUUAUUGUUAUUUCUGAUGUAUAUUUAUGUGUAAAUUUGUGGGAAAAUAUAGAAAUUAAAUUCAAAGUUCAACUUAAUUCCAGGAUAUCUACCAGAAAGGCCAGUUUUCUGUUGCUUUGAGGCUGAAAAAUAACCCGAGAUCCGAUUCGAGAGAAUUUAUAAAUGAUUUUAACCAAAAGAGAACGUAGACAGGAACGGACCUCGGAUUGUUGCAGAAAACUUUCUCAUCUCUACCUGAUGUCCCACCUUGGAGAAACAUGGAUUAAUUAAAAUUAAUCUGUUUGCAAACAUGCGGUUUGUUGCAGAUGUGCAUGUGAAUCCAGAUGUUUGCAUAAUUCAGAUGUUUUCCAGGAGAAAGUUUAAAAUAAAAACAUUGAGAUAUUCCAGCUCCACAAACCGCCAGCGAGCGUUGUCCGCGGCGUGACGUUAAUAAUAAACAACAAUAUAUGAAUAUUUUCAUGUAAAUCUUACACCAACAUUUGUAUGACUGUGUACAUGGCCGCGUGCCAUUACUGCUUCUGUGGGCGUGGUGCCGUUUUUCUGUCAGAGCAGGAAGCGAGCGAGCAGGAAGUGGAUCAUCCUGAGGGGCUCGGUCGCGGCGCAGAGGCUCCAAAGAUCGACUCUCUGUUACCCAAACAACCCGCCGUGUUUCUCCAGACGCGCGGCAAACCGCUAUCGUCAUUUUGCUUGAAGUAAACAUGAGUCAGUCCUACUUUUUACCUCCUCAUUUGUCGGACCAGAACCCGCUCUGCGAUGAUUUUUGUCUUCAUGGGAAGAUUUUCGGAAACAAAGCCUGCUGCGCUUCCUGCUCUGAUUACAUGAAAACUUUGAUUUUUUUCGUUGCAGUAAAAGCUGUGACUUGUUUUGAACUGAUCUGAUUUUUUUAUGCUUGAUCCAAACGUCUCUUUGCUCUCUUCAUCAAGCGAGACAGUAUUUGGUUUCUAUCAGUGUUUUUAUUUCCUGAGUGGGAGGAGUUAGGGGAGGGGUCAAAUAGAUAGACCACACCCACAUAGUCCCUGCCAUAUUAAGAAAUACACUUAAAUAACAUUAUUAUUAUUAUAGUUGUUGUUGUUAUUAUAAUUCUAACCAUAAAAGGCAAAUAAAAUGCAGAAAACAUUUGCAAAAACCCAGGAGGAGUGAACGGCUUCACACAAAGUGAUCAAACAGAAAAACUUUUAAAAAGGGAGGUUACAACGAUUCCUUGAUUUAAAGAAGUACAAAAGGAGUUAUAUUAUCAUAAAUAAUAGUAGUAAUAUUGAAUAUUGAAUGCUCACAAUUUUGUCAAACUGAAACUGGAAUCUUUGUGUUCUGUAAUUAUUGUAAAUAACUUCAAAGAGAGAAAAAAUGACUUGCAUGUCUAUGUAUAAAUCUACUGAGAUAUUUAUUCCCGUCAAAGUUGACAAGCAUUUCGAUGUCUGUCCUUUUUCGCUGCUUUUAUUUCCCGGACGUUGCGUGUCCUAAGCCCCGCCCCUCCGCUCUCCGUCGGCGGCAGAGAGACGGCGCCGUGUAGCUUCCAUCGCCGUCGUUCUCCGCCUCGCUCAGUCCGGACGAUUGUCCGCUCACAGCCGCUCCUCCGUCCAUAACCCCAAAUCCAGAGGCCCCGCCCACUGGCUCCUCUGAUGAAAGUGCUUCCCUCCAUAUUAGGAAACUAAACUCCACCUCCAGGGCCUUAGAAGCCACGCCCUGGUCCCUCUGGAAGUCCUGUUCAGGGUCACCACCUCUCUGUCGGACGUCGUCUCUCCGCCUCAUUCCGCCAAACAUCCGACCUUUUCCUGUCUGGUUCCCACUUAGCCUGCACCCAGUUCUCUAAAACCGACUCAGUCCAACCAGUUCAUAGCCAUAUCCAAAUGAAAGUGCCCAGACACUCUGUAAACUACAGGUCAGGUGGACUGGGAUCAGCAACUCUGAGACAGAAUCGGUGGUGGUGGUACGCAUCAACUUUAGAGAAAAAGCACACAUCCACCAAAGCAAAGGGACUUUCUUGCUGAUCUUCAUGCUCUCACUAACCAAACCGCCUCUGACACCAGUAGACUAAAACUAGAUUUAAAUCCGAGUUACAUACUUCAGAACUCCACCACAGUCUUCCUACUAACCAACUUUCCCAAUUUUUUAUUCCCAGAGGAGUUCCUGGAGGAGAUCGUAGCGCUGGUUUCUUGAAGUCGUCAAAGGGAUGCAAAAGCUAAGUCCAGGACAAGCUAGCACCGUCCAGGACAAGCUAGCACCGUCCAGGACAAGCUAGCUAAGUUAAGCAAAAGUUAAAGUUAAGUAAAGCUAGCUGAGUUCAGUAAAGGCAAGCUAAACUUAGUCAAAGUUAGCUAAACUCAGCAUAAACUAGCUACGUUCCCAGUGAACCAGUUGUAGUUCUUUUCGCUUUAUGCGGUCAGGCCGUUUGGCGGCUUCGAGGUCUGCGGUCCGGCCGGAGUCGCCACCCAAUUCCAGGCCCGGUCUCCAGCCUCACACAGGCCUUUCGUAACAAAGCGUGCAAUAUUCAGAGAAACAAGGGCUGACCUUAUCAUGCAGAGGCGACCAGGCCGGCCGACGCGCCGCGCUCUCCAGCAGGAACUCCCGACGCGGAAUCCCGCCGUCCAGACGCCAUGAUCCGGGGGGAAAUACGCCACAGUUUUUGUUUUGUUAUUAGUUUUAGGCGGCUGCAUGCUGAUGCUGUGCUGGGGGAGGAGGUGGGGGGACGGCAGAGAAGAGACGGAGAUCAGAAAAAAAAGUCCGCACAGUAAAAAACCGCAGAAAGAGGACAGUGACGUCGCUCUUUGCACGCAACUUUGACCGGAAAUGCAACUCGUGUCCCGUUUUUUUUGUGUGUGUAUGUGUGCGUAGCGUAAUGUAAAGCGAUCUGUCCCCCCUCCUCCCCCGCUGCCCCUCCUGCCCCCUCUCUCGUACUGCUGUUGGCUGUUCUGUUUAGUUCAUGUGACGUGCCAGUAUUCCCCCUUCCCCCCCCCCCCCCCCCCCCCUUCUUUCCCCCCCCCCUGACUCCCCCCCCCCUGACUCCCCCCCCCCCAGCCUCGCCCUUCCUCUCUUCAUGGAUCUUUAAGAUGACAACUCUAUGCAGAUGCUGUCUUUUAUAAGUGUGUCAAAAUUUUAAUUUAAAAUAAAACUAAAAAAAACAAACCCUGACAGACAUAUUGAAAUGAAACAAAAAAUUAAUAAAGAAAAGGAUUGUUCAGUGUA